AUGGCGAGUAUUAGUGUUGGCAGGAUUUCUGAAUUUAAUCCAAGUGAGGAGGACAUUGUGCCCUAUUUGUUGCGCCUGAAACAUUUUUUCAAAGCGAACAAUGUCAAGAAGGAGAACGAGGUGUCGGUUUUAAUUACAGUUAUUGGUCCCAGGGUUUUAUCGGUCCUAUCCGAUUUAUUAUCACCGGUAGAGGUAGAUUCUAAGACCUAUGAUGAACUUGCAGCGUUGUUGAAAUUACAUUAUGCGCCCAAGAAGUUGGUUGUGGCGGAGCGAUAUGUAUUCUACUCUCGUGUGCAAAAGCCGGGCGAAAGCAUAGCGGAGUUUGUGGUUUCAAUAAAACAUUUAGCUAGUUCGUGCAAAUUUGGUACCUUUUUGAAAGACGCUUUGAGGGACAAAGUGAUUUCCGGCAUUUCUAAUGAAACUAUCCGGCAGAAAUUGUUGUCGGAGGAAUUGGACUUUGACGAAGCUUAUGCGUCAGCGCUCAGGCUGGAACAGGCCGAAUCGCAGUCAAGCCUAUUUGUGCAACCUCGUGGGGACAUUGCGAAAAUCAAUGUGAAAAGUCAAAAUAGGCCUAAAACUUUCGUGAAUAGGAGUAGUGAAAAUCAAAAUUCUAGAAACUCUUGUUGGAGGUGUGGUUCUGCUGGUCAUUGGCCUAGUGCGUGUGCGUUCGCCAGUUACAAGUGUCACGGUUGUCAGAGAGUAGGUCAUCUCAAGAAAGUGUGUAAAGCCAAGAAAUCUUCUAGUUUCCAUGGUAAAAAGUCGACACCUAGGAUGGGGGUCCAUCAAGUGGAGGAAGAGGUAGGCCUAGGCCUAGAAGUUCCAAUGGCAGAGAUAGGUCUGUACAACCUUAAAUCAGGAUCAGACAACGGCUAUAAGGUAGGCCUAGUGGCUAAUGAUGUAUAUUUAGAAAUGAUUCUAGAUACAGGCAGUGCCUUGACUAUAUGUCCUUCUGAGAUAUUUUAUGAAAAAUUUUCUAACCUCAAACUUAGGCCAGCAAAUGUGAAACUUACUACUUAUUCAGGUCAUGAUGUACCUGUUCUGGGACAAGUGAAUGUCAAUGUUAAAUAUAAUAAUCAGCAGGCGAGUUUGCCUUUGACAGUAGUUAGUUUAGAAAGUAAGAGUCAGCCGAUUCUGUUGGGCCGAAACUGGUUAGGCCAGUUGAGGUUAGAUUGGCAAAAUGUGUUUUCAUGUAAAGCCACUGUGGAUCACAGUUCUGAUUUGGACAUUGCUAAAUUGAAGAGUAAAUUUAAGUCAGUUUUUCAGCCUGGAACGGGCGAAAUUAAGGGUGUUAAGGCUCAUAUUGUCUUAAAGGAGGGGACAGUCCCUAAGUUUUGUAAGGCGAGACCAGUGCCUUUUGCGUUAAGGGAGAAAGUUGAGAGUGAGUUGGACCGAAUGGUUCAAGAGGAUGUUGCGUACAGAGUUACUAAUUCACAGUGGAGCACUCCACUUGUGGUUGUCCCUAAGCCUAAUGGUGUUAGGCUUUGUGCCGAUUAUAAGAUUACUCUUAAUCAGUGUAUUGAAAUGGAACAUUAUCCGCUUCCUCAGGCUCAGGAUAUUUUUGCAACUCUAGGCGGUUGCUCAGUUUUUAGCUGCCUUGAUCUUUCAAAUGCGUAUCAGCAAUUGGCGGUAGCGGAUGAAUCGCAACAUCUGUUGACCCUAGCUACCCAUAAGGGUCUGUAUCGUUUAAAAAGGCUACCAUAUGGUUUGUCUUCAGCUCCUGCAAUUUUUCAGUCAGCCAUCGACCAAAUUUUAACAGGUCUUCCAGGAACGGUGGCGUACUUAGAUGACGUCUUAGUGGCGGCUCGCUCUAAGGAAGAGGGGCUUGCCCGUCUGGCGCAGGUGCUGCAACGCCUUGAUGAGUUUGGUGUUCGAGUAAACCAACAAAAGUGUAAGUUUUUGCAAUCUUCAAUAGAGUAUUUAGGACAUGUGAUUACUCGAGAUGGUCUCCGUCCACAAGAAAGUUUGUUAACUGCGCUGCGUAAAGCGCCUGAGCCUAGUACUAAGGAAGAGUUACGAGCCUAUAUUGGUCUAAUAAAUUAUUAUCAUGCAUUUAUACCUAACCUGUCUGCUAGAAUAAGCUGUUUUUAUGACUUAUUACAUAAGGAUCAUCCAUGGGUGUGGUCGCAGGUGUGUUCUAAAACUUUUCAGGAGAGUAAAUCAUGGGUGUUGGACUCAAGUUUGUUAGUUCACUAUGAUGUGAAAAAGCCCAUAGUUCUGACGUGUGAUGCGAGUCCCAGAGGGGUGGCUGCUGUUCUAUCUCAUCUUAUCGAUGGGCAGGAAAGGCCAAUUGCCUUCGCAUCGAAAACGCUAAGUUCCAGUGAACGGAAUUAUUCCCAGUUACAUCGGGAGGCUCUGGCUUUGAUCUUUGGAGUCAAAAAGUUUCAUAAGUAUAUAUAUGGACGACACUGUAUUCUACAGACUGAUCAUCAGCCGUUGACGGCUAUUUUUGGCUCUAAAAAGGGCGUUCCUAGUAUGGCGGCAGCUAGGCUGCAGAGAUGGGCCUUGAUUCUAUCAGCAUAUGAUUUGGAGGUUAGGUACCGGAAGGGAGUGGAUGUCCCUCACGCUGAUGCGUUGUCUAGGUUACCCUUAGCAGAAGCGGAACCUAUAGAGCUGGAUGCUAAUUUUGUUUCACAUGUAGAUAUGUGUACAGAAGUGAUGAACAAUUUCUGUGUUGUCAAGGACAUUGCACCUAUUACUGCCUUGCAUAUAGGUAAAAUGACGGAUAAGGAUCCGAUUCUUUCGAAGGUCCGAGAUUUUGUGAUGUACGGCUGGACGAGCUCGGUUGAGCCGGAACUAGCUAUUUUUCUAAGGAAGAAGGACGAGUUGUCCGUGGAACAAGGUUGUUUGCUGUGGGGUUCUCGUGUAGUGAUUCCAAAGAAACUGUAUUCAUCUGUGCUUCAAAUGUUGCAUGAUCAACACCCGGGAGUUACACGCAUGAAGAUGCUGGCGAGAAGUUAUGUCUGGUGGCCAGGCAUGGAGAAGUCGAUUGAAGACGUGGUGGCCUCUUGUUCUGCGUGUCAGUUAACUAGGAAUUCGAUACCUAAAGUACCGUUGCAGCAAUGGCCUACAACAUCAACCCGAUGA